AUGGACACCUUUGUCCGGAAGAUUCGAAAUUUCUGGGCCCCCGUUGACAUUGGGCGCGAUAUUCAGCAUGUUCGGGGCCGACAACGGCGAGAGCAGAGGGUUCUCCGCCUGCUCGACCGCAUUGGCUUCAGUUGGCGCGUCUACUCGGUUGCCUUCCUGGGAUUCCUUGCGUCCAGCUGGAGCUUGAUCGCCACCGGAAUUGUCUCGCCCGCCCUCUACUUCGUCUACCCACCCACGGGCCGCAUGGGAUCGACAGACGUUGUGCAAGUCCUCGACCUUGUCACCCUCACGGCCACCGUCUUGGGCAUGAUCAUGUUUGGCCAGCUCGCCGACCUCUUUGGCCGCAAAGCCCUCUACGGCUUUGAGCUGCUGAUCGUCUUGGCCGCCAUCGGCGGUGCUGCCUUUUCCUCCGAGGGUUACAUGGUCAAGGACCCGAGCUACCACAGCUCCAUGGACAUAUAUGCAUCCCUGACCUGGUGGCGGUUUACUCUUGGCUUUGGCAUCGGCGCCGAGUACCCCAUGUCUGCAGUCAUCGCGGCCGAGUUCUCGUCGACGGCCGGGCGCGGAUCUCUCCUGGCCGCCGUGUUUCUGGCACAGCCCAUCGGCCGCCUGCUCGCCUACGGCCUGGGGCUCGGCAUCCUUCACGGGAUGCAGGACGCCGUCAUCGUCCCGGAACACUCAGACCAGAAUUACAUGCUCAUCAUGGAUAAGUUCUGGCGUCUCGUGCUCGGCCUUGCCGGAAUCCCGGCCAUCUUCGCCAUCGUCCUCCGCCUCUUCAUCCCCGAGACGCCCCGUUUCUACUCGGCUGUUCAGCGGGACCUGGUCAAGGCUAAGGAGGCAGUACUCAAGGUCGGGUCGCGGUCGCCGAGUCUGGCGGCACCGGACAUGGAGUCGCUGAGUUCCGAUAUGGACGGGGGCGAGGCAAGCGAACAGGAGCCGUGGCGGCGCAGGGCCUACGCCUACUUCUUCGGCAAGACACAGGGGUGGAAGCCGCUCCUGGCCGUCUCGCUGCAAUGGCUGUUGCUCGAUAUCGUUUUCUACGGCACUGGUCUCGACAGCCCCGGCACGCUGGCCGCCCUGUGGCUGAACGAAGCGCCCAACAAGGCCUACGACACCAUCGAGGGGUUUCAUGUCUGGAAGGAGGACUACCGCUACCCAAACGCUACCAUCGUCGAGACGCUCGAGAACAACCUGGUCCGGACCCUGCAGCUCUCGUCUAUCGCCGCCGUCGUCGGCAGCAUCGCCGUCAUCUUCCUUGUCAACUACGUCAGCCGCAAGACGCACUACGUGUGGACCACGGCGGCGCUGACCAUCCUCUUCGCCGUGACGGCCGUGUCCGUCUCGCAGACGUACGGAACCAGCGCCCACCUCACCAGCAUGGUCUUUUACGCGCUGGGCCAGUUCAUGUUCAACCUCGGCCCCAACACGCUGACCUUCAUCCUGGCGGCCGAGUCUUUCCCGACCGAGUUCCGCGGCACGUGCUACGGCAUCGCCGCCGCGGCCGGCAAGGUCGGCGCCAUCAUUGUGCGCCCCAUCACCGAGAGGGUCGGCAAGAGCCAGGAAGGCCUCGUCGGCAUGCUGUCAGCCUUCUCGGCCGUCCUGGCCCUGAUGACCCUGCUCGCCUGGCUUGAGCCGUGCGGCAUCGGCUUCCCGCGUGUGCAGGAGGAGAGGGACAAGGCCGCGGCGGCAGGCCCGUUCCCUGCGCGGUUGGCCAAUCUCAGCUUGGAAGAGGCGGCGCCUUGGCCUUUGAUGGACGACUCGGAGAGUGAUCACAUUGGACAUGAGGGGGAUGGCCAACAGCACGUCAAUGGCGGCCUGGAAAAGGGCGGCGCGGGCGUGUCGGCGGGGACACUCGGGAAUGGGGAUUCGGCGCCUGUUUUCCGGCUGCCUGAGCCGUCUUGGGGCAGCGAGAACGAGAUUCGUUAG